ACCAUGAAUGUGUAUAAACGUGUUUAUAAAUAUUAACAUUGCAUUAGUGAUUAGUGAUGCUAUUUGCGAGUAACAGGUCAACAGAAUAAACCGCCUGUCAGUUAGUAAUUCAGCUAUAGAUCGGUCACUACGAGCAGCAGUGCAUUUUAUUACGUCGAUCAGAAUGGAAAAAUGUUGAUAACAUUGCCAUGGGAACAGGGGUGACAGAAACUGUCUUCAAAGCGCCUGAGCUCCCGAUAGAGUUGGUCUCCUCCAUGGGGAGUACGGUGAGGUCAAAAGAAGAACAUUUUCAUCAUGAGGAGCACAGAAUUAACGCCAAGGUUGCCAACCAUAACAAAAUCAUCACAUCGCUGAUGGCAGGAUCUACAGCUGGUGCUGUUGCCAAGACAGUGAUUGCGCCACUGGAUCGCACAAAGAUAUAUUUCCAGACUAGCAACUCCAGAUUUUCAUUCUAUGAAGCGUUGAGGUUUCUCGUGCACACAUUCCACAAAGAAGGCUUUCUGGCACUGUGGCGUGGUAACUCGGCAACCAUGGCUCGUAUUGUCCCAUAUGCGGCUGUGCAGUACAUGGCUCAUGAACAGUACAAGAUUCUGCUGCAGACGGACAAAACCAGAAAACAUCUUCCCCCAGGUAGAAGAUUUCUGGCUGGAUCUCUAGCAGGAGUGUCAUCGGUCGCGUGUACAUACCCACUAGACAUGGUGCGAGCCAGGAUGGCGGUCACCGUUAGAGAAAAGUAUCACAAUCUGAAGGAGAUAUUCUGGAAGAUAUACAAAGAGGAAGGAAUUCGGACGCUGUAUCGCGGAUUCACUCCCACAAUCCUCGGAUCCAUCCCGUAUUCUGGCACGAGUUUCUUCACGUACGAGUCACUGAAGAAAAUGCAUGCAGAGUAUAACAAGGGCAAGGACCCGUCUCCUAUGGAGAGAUUGUGUUUUGGUGCUACUGCUGGUCUCCUCGGUCAGUCGGCUUCGUAUCCGCUCGACAUCAUACGACGCAGAAUGCAGACUGCCGGAGUGACCGGGCAUGCCAACGACUAUACGAGUAUUAUUGGAACGGCCACGCGUGUGAUACGAGAUGAGGGCUUCAUCCGCGGCAUGUACAAGGGGCUCAGUAUGAACUGGAUCAAAGGACCGAUCGCCGUCGGCCUCAGCUUCACCACGUUUGAUAUCACCGUGCGGUGGCUGAGGUCGUUCGAGUUCUUCCAUAUAGACGACGAGUCGUAGCAUUGGGAAAUUAAAUAGGAGUCAUAGCACUGUGAAAUGAAAGACGAGUCGUAGCAUUGGGAAAUCAAAUACGAGUCGUAGCAUUGUGAAAUCAGAUGCUAAAUCAACCGAUAAACUAUUGGUGAAAAAACUAGGGUGAUCAUCGAUGUAAAUAGUAUUUUAUAUACAAUGUCUGUACAGUGGUUUGAAGUCAAUUUUAUUGAAUCUGUCCAUAUUGGUAGUGAAUCACAGUAUAUUAGAAAUAUAGUAGAAAGUCUGUGAUAUAUACAGAUGGUUUUUCAGAUGGUAUCACUGUUUGAGUGUUUGUCCAUAUCAUUAGAGAGUUAUAGUGUAUUGACAGCAAUUGGUAACAGUGUGAAUUGCAGUAUUAAAGAAAUAUAGUAGAAAGUCUGUGAUAUAUACAGAUGGUUUUCAUGAUAGUUUUUUUUACAGAUGGUAUCACUGUCCAUGUCAGUGGAUAGUUAUAGUGUAUUGACAACAAUUGGUAACAGUUAAAUAACAGUUAAAAAAUUAUAUUAUUUGGGGGGGAUCAUCAAUGUAAAAAGUAUGUUAUACAAUAUUGUGUAUAGUUAAUUUGCAGUUGGUUUUAUUUCAGUUCUAUUUCUCGCUCUAGUCAGUGCACCACAACUGGUACAUCAAAGGCCGUGGUAUAUGCUAUCUUGUCUAUGGGAUGGUGCAUAUAAAAGAUCCCUUGUUGCUAAUCGAAAAGAGUAGCCCAUGAAGUGGCGACAGCAGGGUUCCUACCUCAAUAUCUGUGUGAUCCUUAACCAUAUGUCCGAUGCCAUAUAACCGUAAAUAAAAUGUGUUGAGUGCACCAUUAAAUAAACCAUUAUUUUUUUGCUUUCAUUGAAGUUGUCCAUGUCGGUGUUCAGUUGUAGUGUAUAGAAAACAACUGAUACAAUCUUUGUGAUCAUCAAUGUAAAAAGUAUUAAAUUAUGUCAUGUUUUAUACUGUUAGUUUGUGCUCGAUUUCAUUGUUUGAAUUUGUCCAUAUCAUUCGUCAAUCGUAACAUAUUGAAAACAUCCGCUAGACGUUGCAGGCCAUAAUCUAGCUAGCGAAAUGGGUAUUUUUAUUUUCCCAAAAGUCAGCUCAAGUCACCGAGUUAUUAGCAGUAAUGAGAAGUCGAAGUCGCCUUAAUAUUUUGGAUCUAAUCCGAUUUCAAAAACAAACAUUAGAAGUUGGUGAUCAUUCAUAUGACAAGUAUAUUACACAAUGUUUGUACUGUUAAUUUUCAGUCCAUUCAGAUCUUUGAAUUUUUCUGUCAGUGGUGAAUUGACUACAAAGUACCUGUCUAUAUAAAUGAUCACUUAUUGUUACUCAUUUGCAUUCAAUGCACUAUGCCGAUGCCAUAUAGCCAUAAAUAAAAUGUGUUAAGAGCGUCAUUAAAUAAAACAUUUCCUUUCAUUGCUCUAUGAUUCACAGCUGGUGAGAAUAAAUUCAAACAGUUACUACCGACUGCAAAUUAACUAUGUAAAACACAUAUUCUAAACUCAAAGCAAAUGGCUAUAUAAAGUACAUGACCGGCUGUUGGAUACCAUUUAUUUUACAGCAAGUCUUUAAAAUGUUUCUAAUGAACAAAAGCAAGUUGGAUACAUCAGUGUGCCAUUUUGGUUUAAAAAAUCUAAGUGUUAUAAGGACUCCCUGUUUGCAAAUCUUUAGAGCCUGCCACCAACCCAGCGAGCCCUGCCAUGUAGCUCCAGUAGAACAGAAGAUACACUACAUGUCGUGCAUGAAAUCAUGAAAAAGAUCGCUAUUCAAGACUGUCUUUUCCCAGGAUUUUGAAAUAUAUGUUGACUGUGUCAUUUUGAAGAAUCAGUGUAAUUUGUACAAAUAACGUUUUCGAUUGCAAGCCAAGCUAGAGAGUCCUAUAUGAUUUUGGCGAGUCUCGGGCUCCCGGACUGUCCUCAAAAUCACACACUGUACAUUUUUAAACAGUGAGUUGUAAGACAAAUGGUAUCUUACAGACGUGAAUUUAGUUUCUAUUUCUUACAUAUACUCAAAAACCAGGUUUAGAACAAAUUUAAACAUCUUUUCCAACAAACUUAUUUUAUUUACUGUUCUUUUGCUUGUAGCUAACUUAUGCGUCAGUUUCAGGUUAACCUGUACGUCACAGGUCAAUCUAAAUUGAUCAUGCUUGUUUUUCAUUGGAUGGUAUGGCUGUUGCAACUGGGUCAUCACCUAGGAGCAGCCAGUCGUAUGUAUUUAUAUUAUUAUCACACAUAUAUGUGUUAUUACUGUGUGUUAUUAUAAAUAACGAAUGGUGUUCUCACCAACAAGCGUGUUAGACUCUCUUUUUUUUUUAACUUUGAUGAUUACAGACUUUCUGGCAGUUUUCAUCAACAUAAAAUAUUUUGCUUUGGAUUUAGGAAGUGUUGAGUGCAGUCAUUUUAUACUGAACAAAGUGAACCGUCAGUUUAUGUGAAUUUGAAAAAGUACUGUGUGUGAUUAUUUUUCCAUAAACGAAGUAUCAAAGUGGACCAAUGCCAAAGUUGAAUCGUCAGUUUAUGUGUAUUUGAAAAAAUGCAGUGUAUGUUUAUUUUGCUAUAAGUAAAGUAUCACACUGGAUAAGUUCUAUGGUUUACAUGUGCAUUUGAAAAAGUGCUGAGUAUGAUUAUGUUUCCAUAAACGAAGUAACAAACUGGAUAAAUUCUAAUGAGAGCCGUCAGUUUACAUGGAUUUGAAAAAGUGUUGUGUGUGGUUAUUUUGCACGGAACAAAUUACGUCUUGCUGCGUGUGUUAUCUCUGAAUAUAUUCUUGAAACUGUUCAAUGAGUGUGUAACGCCAGACAAAUUUGAUAUCAAAACAGUCAUCAAAGUGCUUCUUGAAGUUACUUACCACUAAACAAGUUUCACACAUGAUACUACUGAUCCAGUUCUGGUCAGCUAGACAAUCUGUGAUGAUCAAUUGAAGAAUUCAUUUCUUAAACAUGAUUUAGACCAGUUUUCAGUUUUUGGAGUUAGCAGUGUGAGUAAGACUCAACAAUGCGGCAAUAAAGAGUCCGUCAAAA